ACAACAACAACCACAACAACAACAACCACAACCACCACAACAACAACCACCACCACAGCCACCACCUGCUGCUCCUGCUGCUCCUCCUGAUGCCCGCCGUGCCCCUGGCCACCGCCUCUACUGCCUCUACCGCCUCGGGCCUGGGAUUUCCCCGCUACGACGGAGUGGACCGGGUCCUGGACCUGUCGGCUCGCAACUACAAAUCGGCCUUGAGCUCGCACGCUGCACUUGGAGUCCUCCUGCACCACCCGCUGGAGGCCGGGGACCCCGUGGCGGCCAAGCAGCACGCCAUGACGGAGCUGGUGCUGGAGAUGGCGGCCCAGGUGCUGGAGGCAAGGGGCGUGGCCUUCGCGUUGCUGGACGCGGAGGACGACAAAAAGGUGGCACGCAAACUGGGUGUCACCGAGGUCGACAGCAUGUUCAUCUUCAAGGACGACCACGUGGUGGAGUUUGACGGAGAAUUCUCAGCUGAUGUCAUUGUAGAGUUCAUCCUUGAUCUGCUGGAGGACCCCGUGGAGAUGCUGACGGGCGACGCUGAGCUGAGGGCCUUUCACUCCGUGGACGAGAUCCCAAAAGUGGCUGGCUACUUCAAGAACGACCAGUCAGAGCACUACAAGGCCUAUGAAGACGCAGCAAAAGAUUUCCAACCGUACAUCCCCUUCUACGCUACCUUCGAUAAAGCGACUGCUAAGAAGUUGUCUCUCAAGCUGAACGAGGUUGACUUCUAUGAGCCCUUCACGUCCAAAGCGGUGUCUAUACCGGACAAACCGCACACGGAGGAAGAGCUGGUGGCAUUCAUUAAGGCCCACCGCAGGGCAACGUUGAGGAAACUACGUCCAGAAGAUAUGUACGAGACAUGGGUGAGUGGGUGG